AAAACAAUAACGUAACUGGCAACUCAACCGGCAGUGAGUACGUCACGUCACGCGUCAGCUGAUUCAUUCACCUUCGUGUCACCUUAAUAUCUGCAUUGUCGGCGUGGCGUAGGCCUAUUUCCAAGACAGUAAGCAUGGAACUUCAGUGUGCUGUCCAGAAAUAUGCAUGGGGUGUUAGAGGGGCCUCAAGUAGUGUGGCACAGCUUGCCAAAGCUGCUAAACCUGAGCUAGAAGUAACUGAGGAUCAGCCAUUUGCAGAGCUUUGGAUGGGAACGCACCCCAGUGGUCCAGCUGUUAUAAAAGGCACUGGUGAGACUUUGGGGGACUACAUAAGCAAGCAUCCUGAUGUCUUAGGAUCACCUGUCAUCCAGAAGUUUGGCAAAUCUCUUCCUUAUCUGUUCAAGGUGCUAAGUGUAAACCAAGCUCUGUCCAUCCAAGCUCACCCAAACAAGAGUCACGCUGAGCAACUGCACAAGGAUCGCCCUGAUGUUUACAAGGAUCCAAACCAUAAGCCAGAAAUGACCAUUGCACUCACACCAUUCCAAGCUCUGUGUGGCUUUAGACCUGCAGAACAGAUUACAAAGCAUUUAAAAGAGAUUCACGAGCUCAAGAAGGUUAUUGGAGAUGCUGCAGCUGAUGCUUUUAUUGAAAAUCCAACAGAGGAAAAUUUGAAAGCUUGUUUCUCAGCAAUGAUGAAUGCAUCGAAAGACACCAUUGCCUCUGCUCUUAGUGAAUUACUUCAGAGAUUCCCAGGAAUGGAUUCAGGAAAAGGCAAAGAACUCCUACGGGAAUUGUUCCUCACCCUUCACGAAAAAUAUCCCGGUGAUGUUGGCUGUUUCUCCAUAUACCUUCUGAAUUACCUGACCCUACAGCCCGGAGAGUCGAUGUUCCUCGGGCCUAAUAUCAUUCAUGCUUACUUGCUGGGAGAUUGCAUUGAGUGUAUGGCGUGUUCAGACAAUGUUGUUCGAGCUGGACUGACCCCCAAAUACCAAGAUGUAGAAACAUUAGUGUCGAUGCUGGAAUAUGGAAUGGUUCCUGCUGAGUCCAGGAAAUUCCAAGGGUCCAAGGUUGACCAAUUCACAACUUUCUACAAUCCUCCAGUUCCAGAUUUUGCAGUUGAUAUGAUUGAGGUUCCAGCUGGUACCAAGGAAUUCACCUUGAGACAAGUGGAAAGUGCCAGUAUUGUCUUGGUAGUUGAAGGGGAAGCAGACAGUGUUGAGGUAUCGCCCCAACCUAUGGGAGAUGCGCCAGUAGCAACAUCAGUGCAGCGAGGAUCUGUAUUAUUCUUGGCGUCUGGGCAGUCAUUGUCAUUGAAAUUCAAAGCAGGAUCGCGCUUCUUAGCCUUCCGUGCUGUUUGUGUCUUAUAGGAGUACUGGUAAACAAUCAUGCUUAUAGUAUUAUUCAAAACUGAUAAGAUAUUAAUAAAUUUGUAUGACAUUGAUGUUCAUGCACACCCAAGUGAUUAAGUAAUUUAAAGUUGUAGAUAACUUAGUAUGUCCUCAGCUUAUGGUGCAUGUUGGUCAUAUGUUUGGAAUUAUGCAAUGGUAUGGUAUAUUUUUUUGUGCAUAGGGGAUACUGUAAUAGUAAUGAAGUUAUAGGAAUAGGUGAAGAAAGAGCCCUUAUAUGAAUUGUUUAAAAAAUAGUAUCAUCUAUGAAUAUAGUAUUACUAAAAAAUGAAUUAUUAUGACCUUCAUAUGUAAAUUUGCAAAUAUAUUGAGGUUAAACCUUUUUUCCACAAUUGAGAAAAUAAUAUUUCUUGUUCUCAGUGAGACACAAAAUUAACUUUAGACAUAUAUUCUAAUAUUGCAUUUUUUCAUACUCAUUACAUUAUUUAUUUGUUAUAUAAAAAAUUAAAACCAAAGACCUUGAAUCUUGUCUUAAAUUAAUCAAUUUUUCAUCCAGAUUCCUUUAUAUUGGAUUAAUAAAUGAAUGAAAACA